CCCUCUCUCCACUUCACUAUCUCUGUUGCUGUCUGUCUUUCUUUCUGUCUGUCUGUCUCAUUUGCUUGCUCUCAGUGUGUGAGAACAGGAAAAUGGCUGAGGCUAGUAUUUCAGUAAAUCAGCAACAAUUCAGCUGUCCAGUGUGUCUGGAUCUUCUGAAGGAUCCGGUGACUCUCCCCUGCAGUCACAGUUUCUGUAAGGUUUGUAUUAAUUACUGCUGGGAUCAGGAGGAUAAGAGUGGAGUUUAUAGCUGUCCUCAGUGCAAAGACACUUUCACUCCAAGGCCUGUUCUACACAGAAACAACAUGCUGGCUGAAGUGGUGGAGAAACUGAAGAAGAAGACUGAAGUCCAAGCUGCUUCUCCUGCUGACUCGGACAUUGGACCUGAAGAUGUGGAGUGUGACUUUUUCACGGGAAAAAAACACAAGGCCGUCAAAUCUUGUCUAAUGUGUCUGGCCUUCUUUUGUGAAACUCAUUUAAAACAUCACUAUGAAAUUCAUGGAUUUAAAAAGCAGAUGUUAAUUGAAGCUACAAAAAAUCUGCAAGAAAAACUCUGCUCUGAGCAUGAUAAAGUGAUGGAGAUCUACUGUUGGACUGAUAAAAGAUUCAUCUGUUGUUUGUGUUUAAUGGAUGAACACAAAGGUCAUGAAACGGUCUCGGGUGCAUCAGUGAGAGCUGAAAAACAGAGUGAGAUAAAGAGGGAGCAGAUGAAAUCCCAGCAGAGAAUCCAGGAGAAGCAGAAGAAGGUGCAGGAGCUGAAACAGGCUGUGAACACUAUAAAGCUGACUGCACAGACAACAUUUGAGGACAGUCAACGGAUCUUCAAUGAGCUUUACUCGGAGGUGACGGAGCUGAUCAAAGCUCAGGAGAAGUCUAAACUGAAUCAAGCUGAACAACUCCAAGAACAACUGGAGCAGGAGAUUGCUGAUCUUCAGAGCAAAGUCACUAAGAUGGAUCAGCUUUCGCACACACACGAUCACAUCCAGUUUCUCCAGGAAAUAAAGUCUCCAGUCUCUGACCACCCAACUGCUAAAUCAACUUGUCAGACUGAUCUCACUACGAACUCACGCAGGAUCAAUCUCAGUCAACAACUUUCGUUUGAUGGAAUGAGGAAAUCUCUUACAGGUCUGGAAAAGAGAUUUGAGGAAUUCUCUCAGGAGGAAUUCAUAGAAAUCCCUGGAAUUGUCAAGGACAAUCAGGAGUCAAAAAGCAGAGACAAGUUUCUGAAAUAUUUCUGUGAUCUGACUCUGGAUCCCAACACAGUAAAUUAUAACCUCAUUCUGUCUGAGAAGAACAGAGCGGUGACGUACAGUGAGACAGAGCAGACGUACUCUGAUCAUCCAGAGAGAUUUGACCUUAGGCAGGUGUUGAGUAAGGAGAGUGUGUGUGGACGCUGUUACUGGGAGGUGGAGUGGAGCGGUGAUGGGGGUGUGUUCAUAUCAGUCUCAUAUAAAGGCAUCAGCAGGAAAGGGCUGGGUAACAAAUGUUUGUUUGGUAACAACAAACUGUCCUGGAGUCUGCAGUGCUCUUCCUCUUCUCUCUGUUUCUGUCACAACAACAUUAGGACUGAUCUCAGAGCUCCAUCAUCCUCCAGAAUAGGAGUGUAUGUGGAUCACAGUGCAGGAACUCUGUCCUUCUACAGCGUCUCUGACACGAUGAAGCUCCUCCACAGAGUCCACACCACAUUCACUCAGCCUCUGUACGCUGGGUUCUGGCUCUACUCCAAUGUUUGGUGCAAAAUAACACCAACUGUGAAGUUGUGUGCACCUGAAAAAUAGAGUCGGUGGUGUUUUUAUGUACAGUGAUCUAUCUAUUAGUAAACAUCAUGCACAUUUCCUCGCUGACACUCAAUUGCACAAAAAAAGUACCAGAAAUGAUCAAAUCAAUAAUAUUGGAAUAGUAAAACCGAAUGUUUUGGCAGUAACACAAAAAAACUCUACUGAUUUCUGAAAUUAGUGCAUCAAAAUUUCUAAACUGUUUAUAAAGUCUGUAUUUAUUGUUAUUUUUAGUCUGAAAAUAUAAUAAUUUGUAAUAUAGUAAUAUCACUUUAGUCAAAAUUUCGAACAGUCUCUCUUAUAAUAUGUAAAUACAGCCGAACAUGGGUUAUUUUCAUGUGAUAUGUGCGCUUUCCAAUGUGUAGUUUUCAUUUCAUAUCCUCCUGUGUGCAAAGAGCACACUACGUACUGAAGUGUCUGAAAGAAACUGUAAAUCUGUGGAAUAUAUGGAUGUUAUGCACUGA